AUGGCACUGAGUUGGCAGCAAAUAUUUGAGCUCGUCUCGGUGGUCAUCUACAUCUACGUAGAAUACCGUAUCUGGACAUCAAAGAAUCGUCUUUUCCACUCUCCAUUCUACUCCAUAUUUUUGACAGUUGGAAUUCUCGACAUUCUCUAUGCCCCUUUCAACGAGUUUAAGAUCUUCUUUGGGUAUUCUCCGCCGGCACGCACGAUUUUGGGGAUGAUGACAAAGACAUUACGCGACGGGCACUACUAUCUACAAGUGGUCAUGUCGACGAAUCGGAUGACAAUUGUUUUAUUUCCAACUACGCAUAAUCAGCUAUGGCGCCAAGAAAAAGUGCAAAAAGUGAUCGUGUUCUGCUUGGUGCUGAUGUGCGUCACCCAAAUCUACACUCCGGUGAUGAUCAUCAUGUUUGGGUGGAAGGAUGAGCAGAUGAACUACCCCAAUAUUCGGGGUUUUGACCAGUUGCUGAUGUGCACCCAAAUCCUACCUCCGGUGAUGAUCAUCAUGUUCGGGUGGAAGGAUGAGCGGAUGAAUUACCCCAAUAUUCAGGGAUUUGACCAGGAGCUAAACGUGCUGAUCCAACUCUUCACCUUCAUCCACCACUACCUCUACGUGCCAUUGUGUCUCAUCGGUGUCUUCGCCAAUGUUGCUAUUGUUAUCGUCCUCGUUCGGCCAGCCAUGCGAAGAAACCCGUUUAACGUCUUCUUGGUAGCAAUCGCGGUCUGCGACGCGACACUAAUGGCUACGUAUCUGGUCUAUAAACAUGUCGACCAAUGCCACCCGUGGUACUUCUCUUACCCGUUCCUCCUCUACACCAAGUACUACGCGAUGGUGUCGGUGUUUGUGCACUCCCUGAGUCUGUGGCUAACCGUCAAUAUGGCCGUGCUCAGGUACAUGGUGCUCUACCGUGGCCAAUAUCCACAGUCCUCAAUCCCGAAUUGCAAUAACUACUCCUCGGCCUUCCUCUCCAUCCUCUUCGCCGUCAUCAUUGCCGUGGUCGGAUCGUUGCCAAACAUCCUCAAUUACCAGGUCUUCGGUCCAACAACCAUCGCCCGCGCAGACAUGUUCGUUCCCUCGUUUAUCGAAACCUGCAAGCAGGGCAGUCAUCUUGAGCAUUGGCAACGGAUAGAGACCAUGGAGACCUUUGAGUUAUAUACCCUUGGUUCUCCAACUUGGUGGAACUGCGACUUAAUGCGCUUGAACUACUGGAUGGUGUCACUGGUGUUGAAACUUGUGCCUUGUAUAUUAUUGACGAUUUUUAUGUCGUUACUAGUGAGGAUGCUGAUGGAAGCGAGAGAACGACGAUCGAGGCUGUGCAACGGGGCGACGGCUGGGAAUUCUCAGGCUGAACGAACCACAACGAUGUUGACGGGGAUCGUGGCCGUGUUUUUGAUAACGGAGGCACCGCAGGGAAUUCUUGGGCUAGCAGUUGGGUUCAACCGACGCCUCCAAGGCCUAUCGAUGAUCCUGACCGACACUUUCGAUCUUUUGUCGCUGAUCAACUCUUCUGUCAACUUUGUCCUCUAUGCGCUGAUGAGCCACGUUUUCAGGAGGGAAUUCCUGUUGACGUUUGGAGCGUGUUGUCCGCAAUCUACGGAGCAAGACAGUGGGGCCGUGCUGACAAAGGCCGGCAGCUACGGCACUCAGAAGAAAGGGCUAGCCCGCUUCCUGUUCCGGAAACGCUCAUCCGGCUUCGCGCCGGUUCCAACGAAAGCUGAAACGCAGCAGACGAAUAAUGACGCG